UCCCCAGUCCCCCCACCAUCACCGUUCUACAGAGGAAGAAAGGGGGAGACGGGCAGCCUAUACAGAACGCCUUCAUACAAAUAUGAGCGGCAGCGGGCGGCCCAGGACCAGCUCAUUCGCUGAGCCUCCCGGAGCUCCCGGAUCCGCUGCAGCCGUUGCCGGAUCAGCAGUAGCCGGUGGUAGCUCGACAGGAAAAACUGGGGCUUCACAAGCCAGUGGAAGCAGUUCGACGAGCUUUGGGAAUUUGAAACUGCCUAGAGACAGUGGCAAAGUGACGACGGUGGUCGCCACACCCGGCCAGGGCCCCGAUCGCCCACAGGAAGUGUCUUACACAGACAUAAAGGUUAUAGGAAAUGGCUCCUUUGGAGUGGUCUACCAGGCUCGUCUCAUCGACAGCCAGGAGAUGGUGGCAAUUAAGAAAGUUCUCCAAGACAAGAGGUUUAAGAAUAGAGAGCUGCAAAUUAUGAGGAAAUUGGACCACUGCAACAUUGUGAGGCUACGUUAUUUCUUCUACUCCAGUGGAGAGAAGAAAGAUGAGGUGUAUUUGAAUCUGGUGCUGGACUAUGUCCCUGAGACAGUGUACAGGGUGGCUCGGCACUUCAACAAGGCCAAGACCACCAUCCCCAUCAUCUAUGUUAAGGUGUACAUGUACCAGCUGUUCCGCAGCCUGGCAUAUAUCCAUUCCCAGGGCGUGUGUCACAGAGACAUCAAGCCGCAGAACCUCCUGGUGGACCCAGAGACAGCCAUCCUCAAACUCUGUGACUUUGGCAGUGCAAAGAUGCUUGUUCGGGGGGAGCCAAAUGUGUCCUAUAUCUGCUCACGGUACUAUCGUGCCCCAGAGCUCAUCUUUGGUGCCACCGACUACACGUCCAACAUUGACAUCUGGUCAGCCGGCUGUGUGCUGGCUGAGCUGCUGCUGGGCCAGCCCAUCUUCCCUGGGGACAGUGGUGUGGACCAGCUAGUAGAGAUCAUCAAGGUUCUGGGGACACCAACAAGGGAGCAGAUCCGGGAGAUGAACCCUAACUACACAGAGUUCAAAUUCCCACAGAUCAAAGCACACCCUUGGACAAAGGUGUUUAAGCCUCGUACCCCACCAGAGGCUAUUGCCCUCUGCUCUCGACUGCUGGAAUAUACGCCGGUGACCAGGCUGUCUCCUCUGGAGGCAUGUGCACACGCCUUCUUCGAUGAGCUGCGUCAGCCCAACACCCGCCUCCCCAGCGGACGAGAACUGCCGCUCCUCUUCAACUUCAGUCCCGUCGAGCUGUCUAUCCAGCCCCAGUUGAACUCCACACUCAUUCCUCCUCACGCUCGUGCACAGACAUCGCCUGCCUCACAUGAGGGCAGUGUGUCAGACAGUUCCGCCCAGCCCAGCUCAGCACCUGGAUCCAUCAACAACAGCACCUGAGCAUCCAUCCCUCUGUCCUUUCUUUUUAUCUUCCCCAUUUUCCUUUUCUCUCCUCUGCUCUCCUCCCUCUCAACCUUCCUCCUGGCUCCAAACCCAUAAGACAAAGCAGAAAUACCCACAUAAACACUCAGCAUUGCUAUUUUCCCUGAAUUUUAACCAUUUCCAAUAGAAAGCAAUUUCUUUGGGUCCUAGCUUCAGGAAGGUGUUGUUUUAAAGACAUUUUAGUAGCUAUGCUCCAGGCAUGAUAUAAGCUGCAGUUCUAAGUCCAUGGUGGCCCUUGUCUGGCCUGUUAGAAUAAAGAAACUUUACAUUGGUUGGGUAGGAUGUUUGGGAGAUGAGAUGGGGGGUUGUACAUGUUAUAUGGAUUUUCUGUAUUAUAAUCUACAGUUGACUUUUAUCCCUUUUUAUGUUCAUUUUAUUUGCAUUUGCUACUUUUAUGUGUGGCCGUGGUGCCAUCGAAUGGAGUCCUGAUUGGCUUUGGAGUUGAGAAAGAGGGCCACGUGUAAGGCCUGACUAAUAUUGACAAUCAUCCUUAGUAGGGUUAAAAAUAGCAUGUACUGUACAGUGUUUGAUGCAUACAGCCCACUGUAUACAUUAGUGGCUUUUGUGUCACUUUCUGCCCUGAGCUGUACUCCAGUUGUUGUCAGUUCACUCAACCCAAUGUGAACCAAGGUGAGGGUUUUUUAAAAUCUCCUAGUUUGAUACCAGACAGAACAUAUUGGCUAAUAUUGUCCAUGUCGUUUUAGAUGAGAGGUGGUUUUAGAUUUUAUUACAAAGUGGGGCACCACAGCCUGUCUUUACAGUUCCUUUCGACUAUUUGCUCCUCAAUUGCCUUUUAUGUGAAUGAGAGGGAGCUUUAUACGAGCAGAGUGCACAUCUUCAGUUUCUUCGGUAUAAGCUCAUGUUUUCUUUGGUUAAGCUGGAAACCAAUCGUUUCACGUUAAUUCUCAAGUGAAUAUUGCACAUCUUCAGAGGGAGUAGAGGGAAAACAAAGGGGCCAGUUAUGUGUACUAUCCAGCUGUUAACAUAACUUAUAACAUAACUUACACAGAGGGAGUCGUUGGUGAGGGGCUCCAGUUGCAUCUAAUACAGAAGCCUCAAUGUCUCUCAUGUCAUAAACACAGUUGCCUAGCACUGUGGGGUAAAUGAUCACCUCAUUAAUUAUGUCACUUUACGCUGUUAAGUUUGAUAUCAGCUUGAUAAUAUGUAAGAAUGCAGAGGGCACAGAGAGACUACUGGUUGCUUUCACGGCUCACUGGGCUCGUCCUCGUCAUUUCAGCUAGUAUUCACGGUUAUUGUUUGUGCAGGGGUAAGACUGAACAGGUUUAGUUUGGUUUGUGAGAGAGAUUUGUCUAUCCCUCUUUGCCCCUUGCCUGACAGCCUGCCUGUGAUGCUCAUAUCGUGUUCUUCUUGUCCUGUGAUGGCAGCAGGAACUGAUCUUGGAAUGAUUUACGACAGUUGACUGUCGGCAUGGUUUAGUUUUCUUUCUUCCAUCACGCAUAUGCGCAUGUUCAGCCCGAGUUGACCACACUAUAUUGCUUCCACUAAUCUCAGUAAUAAUCUGACCAGAAACGAUGCUAAAACCCAACAGCUUUUGGAGCCUUCCCUUCCAUUCCUUUUUGUCCUCAUCCCUCUGCCUUCUGCUUCCCUCUUUCCUCCUUUUUUCACUGCUAAACUGUAAAUAUCAAGUACCUUUUAUUUUAUUUUGUUAUUUUUGUUAUUAUUGUUAUUAUAUUGUUGUUCUUGUAAUUUUUUUUCUCUAGUAGACCGGUGCAGCAGCGGCCGGGCUGUUUAUCCUCAGUCGCAGUCUGUAAAUACGAUUUCAUUUCAGUCCCUGGUUCAGGAGGGGAAAAACAGAACAAAAUGUUUCAUUUUUAUUCUCUCUCCCUCCAUUUCUCUCUUCACAACUUUCUCUUUUCCCCCAUAAAUGUUGUCAUAAAUGUUUUAUUUAUUGUAUUGUGUUUUUUGGCAGGGGUUGGGGGAUCUUUUCUUUUCCACUGGGGUGGUAAAAUUGAGGGAUAAGAGUCUUUUUUUUUUUUCUUCCAAAUGUUAGUCCAGCAAUGUCACAUGGCAAAGUGAUUUCACAUCCAAGAUACUGUUCUCAAAUCCAGACGAUGGUGUGUGUUCUCCACUCUGUGGUCUUGUAUGUGUGGUGCACAUGCUAGCCAACAGGUGGAACUCCAGUUUUUCAUUUAACUUCAUUGUGAAGGGAAUGUUACAAACUUCUGGAUCUAUGGGGUCGUGGGAGGGAGUCACAGAUCUGUGUGUGUGUGUGUGUGUGUGUGUGUGUGUGUGUGUGCGUGUGCGUGCAUGUGCGCAUGUGUGUCUGGAGGAAAGGGGAAAUAAUGAAUCUGUCCAUUGACAUGUAUCAUCUCCUGUGUCUAACCAUCUCCUGUUUUCACUUACUGUGUGAUGUCUGAGUGUAACAGGUUCGACCUGUUCGUACAGUGUGUCUGCUCCACAGAUACUUGAUGAGUUUCUUGAGCACAGCUGCAGGGAAUGCAUGUGUGUCUGUAUGUGCGCUGACAGACCAUGGACAUUUUUCUCAGUACUCCUGACUCUUCCCUAAACGAAGAGCUGACUAAAUGUGCUAUUUUAAUGUUUGUUUUUUUCCAUCCUCCGAUCUGUCACACUUCUUUUUUUAAUUUGCUGUGACCCUGCUAUUUUAUCACCCUUGUCUGGGGGUUAAAUGUGAUGGUUGGGGAACAGGAUGAUUGGAUAAAGGAGAUGAUGAAGAGAGGGAAGAAGGGAGAGAGACAGUUUUUGUUUGUUGGUAUAAAUAAUUAAACUCAUUAAUAAAGUGA